AUGGCGUGCUCCCGAGGAAUAUACGCCCUUCUAGCUCUAUGCGUCCUCUUCUCCACAGAUGUUACUCAAUCGGAAUCGAGAGAAUUGCGACCCUCCGACCACGGGCUGCAGUUCCAGGAUCCGCCGCCAGCCGGAGUGAAGCCGCCCCGGGAGACGGCGUCCUUCUUCGGGGGUUCUCCGUCAGUGUCGUCUCCGGCAGUGCCGCUCCUGAACGGGACAAAUUCGAGCGACGACCCGUGGUGGCGAGGAGCAGGAAGAGGGAGGAGAGAACACGUGAGAGGGGUGCUCUUGCUGGCGAGCAUCGUGUGCGGAAUUGCUGGCGCCUCUCUGUUGUUCGCUGCCGGGCUGGCUUUUCUCUUUAAGUUCCGAAAGGAGAGGUCGGCAGGGGCGGCAGCCCCACCACCACCUCCUCCUCCGCCACAGCCACCGCUUCUGCUUCUGCCGCCGGCGUCCGGACAAUCGGGAGAUUGCAAAAAGUGA